CUACAGUACAACACUACAACACUUCCCUCAUCGUUUGUCCUACCCGGGCCAAUAAUUAUAAAUUUUAGGUAGUAGUGAUAAUAAUAACAACAAAAACAACGAUGGUAAUCGAAAAUAAAUACUGAUAACAUUGAAAAUCAGUAUAAUAAUGAUUAAUGAAUAAUACGAACAAUUGGCGAGAGACGUUUUUCGCGAAAUAUUCAGUACGAAUACUGCAGCGCUGUUCGACGGACCGACUCUGCGCGAUAAUACAACCGCGUGACCGUAGUAUACGUGCAAAAGUGAUUUCCUCAUUUCGUUUUUAACAAUCCUUUUCGGUUUCCUUCUCCGCGCGGUCACGCUUCAACUCUAUUGCGAAAUCAAAAACGAUCUCCUCGUACGGCAACAUGAUGACGUACCAUCGGACGAAUCCGUAACGCCACAACGAUCCAUUAGAUACUUAGGUCUGGAUUCUAUAUCGUAAUAGGAAAAUAACUUUUGUUCGUAACCACACGCCCAUAUACGAUACGUGUUUGGGCCGUCGGCCGGUCGUAUUACGUACACGUAUUUCUCUUGUAAUAUAAUAAACUAUAUCAACAUCGCAGUGCAGCUCAGAUGGUCUUUGAACGUCUCAUUAACCGUUUGCCAUGGAUUCACUUGGCCGUCCUACAGUGCCUGUACCUCGCGCCAAUCGGUUCGGCCGCGUCCAGUCCGCAAUAUUUGGGAUGUUUUUUAAACGAAGAUUUGAGCGUUUCGAAUGGCGUAAAAGUCACAUCUCAAACACCUGAAACGUGUUCAAAUGAUUGCCUAGCAUUAAAUUAUACUUAUGCCGAGUUCAACGAGUCAUCUUGUCGCUGCACUCAUAAUUACAUGUCCAAAUUAAUGAAGUCGUUCGACGCCGAUUGCGAUUCGUCUUGCGCCGGAAUCUCGUCGGCCAGGUGUGAUCGAACGCAUUUUAAAAUGUUCAAAACUCGAAAUACAAGCGAAGAGAGUUAUCCUCAAGCCAUUUACCUAGGAUGCUACGGGGAAAAGAUGGGAGACGAGAAGAACAGGCUGUUGAAAUUUCCGCACGAGCGAUACGAAGACAACACUCCUCAAAAAUGUUCGGAAGAAUGUUUCAAAAUAGGAUUUCUAUAUUCGGGCACUACGAACGGAGAAAAACUGGGAACUGCUUGUUGGUGUGGUAAUCAAUAUCCUUCAAGACGUUUCAAAAUAAACGAUGCGAAAUGCAACGUCCCGUGCUCCGGCGACAAGACGAAGAAAUGCGGUGGUUUAUGGAGACUGAGUGUUUAUUCCACUGGAAUCGUCGAUUACCCACUAGGCCAACCGGUUGGUUGUUUCAAUUUGGUUGAUUUCAAGCUACCCGGAAAAAAUAUAAACACGCUCAAGGAGAAUAUCGAUCCGCAUAGGUGUUUUUACAUUUGCAACGAGAGACAGUACAAGUACGCGGCGGUUAGCGAGGAUUAUUGCGAAUGCAGUCACGAAAAACCAGGCAUAAGCGAACAAAAAAAUCGAGAAGAGUGCAAAAAAUGUGAAGGAGACGAAUCGGAAUAUUGCGGUGGUUCUAGCUCAAUAAGCGUUUACGAAAAUGAUUGGAUUGGCACCGGGAAUCUGUCUGAAAAACUUUUUGGAUGUUUUCGAAACUCAUGGAUGUAUCCAGUGAUGGAAGGAUGGAACAUAACAUUUCCUCGAUGGCUAACAUCAGAGUUGUGUGUUUCGAGUUGCUACAACCGAGGGUAUUCGUACGCCGCACUCGCAUCGCAAACGGAGUGCGUGUGCAGUUUCGUGAGCCCGUCGCUCGAAGCGAGAGCCGACGCGUACCACUGCGACGCCACGUGCCCAGGCGGCUCGACGUCGGAUCACAAGUGUGGCGGCCGCGGCCAUUACAACGUGUUCACCACCGGUCUGAUAACGUCUCGGGUGGCCGGGGACAAUUACAUGGGCUGCUACGUCGAGUCUGCGGCCAGCGUCGGCGCCAAGCCGGCUGGAAACGACGACGGGAUCACUGUUCGGAUCCACUUCCCGUACGUGAACACGCCGAAAAUCUGCUCGAAACACUGUUACCGGAACGGUUACCGGUACUACGGGCUCUCGUACAGGGAGACGUGUUGGUGCGCGAACGCUCCGCCGAGCUACGAUCUCAAAGUGAGGGACGACGAGUGCUCCGCCCAGUGUCCGGGCGACGCCAACAAGUAUUGCGGUGGGGUGAUGAGGACGGCCGUCUUCCAGCUGGGGAUUAUAGCUGAUCGAAUAGAAAAUUGUUCUACGAUUUGCGAAUGUUAUUUUUUGCCAACCGAAAAUGCGACCACUAUCCAAUGUUCAAACAAAAACUUGACUACAGCUCCAACGAUUUUUCCUGUUUUCGAGAACAAAUCGUCGUUAUUUGUUCAUUUAAUUUUGAGUGAUAACCUGUUCAAAGUUCAACCAGAUCUGACCAGUUAUCGCAUUACCUUGUUGGAUAUAAGUGGAAAUGGUUUAACGACAUUGGACGCUAAUCUUUUGCCCAAAAGUUUAAAGGUUUUGUACGUCGAUAAUAACAAGUUAACAUUAUUGAAUGAUAAAGUAAUAAGAUUGUUACCAAGUUUAGACACUAUAACGUUGUCAAAAAACCCGUGGCAAUGUGAAUGUUUCCUAAGGACUGUUAUAAUAGAACAUAGAUCAAAGAUCGAAGACUUGAGAAAAAUCACCUGCACGUCUUCUACUAAACCAAUCAUCCUUAUAGAUGAAUAUAGUCUAUGCAAAAAAUGGAAAAUCGAUUACUUCUAUUUUGUAAUCAUUAUGGGUUUCGUUCUGUUUAUUUGUUUUUUGUCUGUUUACUUCAACUUGCACGAAAUAUUUUGGUCAUAUGUCCGCAACAAUCGAUGGAAUUCUUGCAAUCGCACAGUUUCCACCGAGACCUGCAGUUAUAGAAGAAAUUCUUCAGAGGUAUACAUGCAACGAAUCCAAUACGACGAACUCGCAGUGGCAACGGAAAACUGGGAUCAGAACCGCGUGUUGGGCAGAGGAGGUUUUGGAGUGGUGUACAAAGGAAAUUGGCGACACACGGAUGUGGCUAUCAAACGGUUGAAGUCUGAGGGAAUAGCCGAGAGAGUUGUUAAUAUGCACACUUUGGGAGACGAAAUUUUAAAUCCAUCCAAAGAGAUAAUGUACUUAAACGCAGUCAAACAUGACAAUGUACUUCCCAUGUAUGGAUUUUGUUUCCACGCGACUGGAUCUUGUUUGAUCUACCAGUACAUGGCAAAUGGAUCACUGGAAGAUCGUCUACAACUUAAAAACGGAACAAAACCAUUGUCUUGGUCAAGGCGUGCAAACAUAGCACUAGGAACAGCGAGAGGACUUCAAUUUUUACAUAACAUGGAAAUACCUUUAAUUCAUGGCGAUAUAAAAAGCGCCAAUAUUCUUUUGGACUCAAACUUCGAAGCUCGAAUAGGAGAUUUCGGUCUUGCUCGAACCGGUCCGAUGGAAGAAACGAACAAAGAACCAGUGGGUUUCAAUGUUAGCCGUGUAUGUGGUACUAAACCUUAUCUCCCCGAUGACUUUUGCCAAAGCAAAAUAAUGUCUACAAAAGUGGACACUUUUAGUUUCGGUGUGGUGAUGUUCGAAAUUGCGACGGGUCUAAAAGCGUUCAACAGAUUUAAAAACUACAACUAUUUGAUGGAUUUUGUGAAUAAUUACACGUCUUCGCUGAUAGAUAUUGCUGACAAGACCGCGGGAGAAGAUUUUUAUCACGUAUCCGUGGCGUUAAUAUCUCUGGGAAAAACAUGCGUAGUAGAAAUAGCGAAAAACCGUCCGGAAAUGGUCGUAGUCUAUAUGAAACUAAAAAAUAUAGUGUCGAAUACUGGCCUACAACAAACUACAACUUUGGGGAAUGACAAUUUCACAUCUAAUUCACAGAUUGCUGAGAAAUCACAAACCAUAGAUAUGGAUUUGAUGAAAUUAGAUGGAAAAAAAGCUGCUCUUUUGGCACCUUUAAACGAGAUUCCAUCAAUAUCCAGGCUUUAUUCCAGUUCUACUUGUGAAAUUAACCCGCGAAAAUCAAUCACCACCGAACAAAAAACUGACACCAAUGAAAUUUCGGAUAUAGGUUAUUUUACAACAAACUUUUAAAAGUUAUAAUAUCAACUAAAAUUGUGUUAUCAAAAUAAUAACUAACUGCAUGAUUAUUGCUUGUAUUAUAAUCGAUUCAUAUAAUACCUCAUCGAUAUCAAAUUAGUUUGCUAUUAUUAUUAUACUUAAAAAUAAAAUGUACUUUAAUU